CUUGGGUGUUGGGGACUAUAUUUAAAUGUUUAAGUUUCCUUAUUUUUCUUUUUCUUCUUUGUCUCAGCCUCAAAGUGUUCCAGUGGUUGUCUUUUGCUUUCUCCUCUUCUCUUUCCUCUCUCUUUUUCUCAUGUCCUCUUCUCUGUUUUCUCUACCUUCUUUUUCCCCCCAUUUACCUGUCUUUUCCCCACCCACAAAACAAUUUCUUUAUUACCUGUCUAUUUCUGUUCAUAUAUUUAGUUGUCUUUAAUAUUGAAAGACAGAUAAGAACUCAGAACUCUGAGGUGGAAGGGACCAUACUGAUAAUACAUAAAGCAAUCUGCUUCCAGACUAGAUUGUUUCACAUCUGAUGAGUUAAAAAAAUCAUUUUUUGUUAUAGUUUUCUCAGAAAGGACAUUCUCACAUCCCACUGCUUACCAUUGUAAUCUCACAUUUGGGAUUUUCUUGUCUAACUUGGGUCUUUUUUUCUGCAGUAGUUUGUCUAUUUCUUUUUCUUCUUUGUGACUAUAAACAAAUCUCCUUUGGUUCUGUCUCUAGAUCCAGAUUUAGGGACAUGGAUGAUGAUAAUGGGACAGCAGUGACUGAGUUUAUUUUGUUGGGAUUCUCACAUUUGGGGGCCUAUAAACUUCCCCUGUUUUGGGGGGUGCUCUUUGUCUACUUGGUCACCCUUUUGGGCAACUCCCUGAUCAUCAUCCUUACCCUGCUUGACUUAGCCCUGAGCACUCCCAUGUAUUUCUUCCUUAGACAUCUCUCUAUGCUAGAGAUUCUCUACACUACCUCUAUUGUGCCUAGGAUGCUAAGUGAUCUUCUCUCCUCAUAUCCUGUCAUCUCUUUUGCUGGCUGUUUCACCCAGGUGUAUUUCUUUACCCUCUUUGGCAUUACUGAAUGCUGUCUGCUCACUGCCAUGGCUUAUGACCGUUUUGCUGCCAUUUGCCAUCCCCUGCACUAUGCCACAUUGAUGAACAGGCAGGUAUGUGUGGGUAUGGUGGGUGCUUCCUAUCUAAUGGGCAUCACCAUGGGAACUGUACACACUAUGCUAGUUUUUGCCUUGCCCUUCCAUGGAACCAACAUUAUACACCAAUUCUUUUGUGAUAACUUGGCUGUUUUGAAGCUGGCAAGUGGAGACAAAUUCUGGGCUAAGCUAGGGAAUCUUGGCGGCACCCUGAUCUUUAUUGUUACUCCAUUUGCCUUGAUUCUGUUUUCUUAUGUUCGCAUCGUUAUUACCAUCCUUGGGGUAGCCUCUGCUCAGGGACGCCAAAAAGUCUUCUCUACUUGCUCUUCCCACCUAUUGGUUGUUACUCUUUUCUAUGGGACUGCUACAAUUGCCUACACGAGACCUGGAGCCAAUGCUACAGAAGAUACAGAUCAAAUCAUCUCCCUCUUCUACACAGUUGUAACCCCCAUGCUCAAUCCUUUUAUUUAUACCUUGAGGAACAAGGAGGUUAUGGGAGCCCUGAGGCGAAAGCUAAGAAAACACCUUUGAAGCACUUGACUGGUCCAGUGGUUUGCUUGGCUUCCCUUUUUGGUGAGUUGAGAGAUGCUUACUGAUCUUUUUUUUUUUUAAUUAAAUUUUACAUAUUUCUAUUAUCAAAUAUUGUACUGUUUUUCCACUCCUAUGCCCUAGGAAAACCAAAACCCAUGUAACAAACAAAAAAAGAAAAACCAACUCCCUUAUUUGUUUUGUCCAAAAUGUGUCUCCUUCUGUAUGUCUAUUGUUCUUCACCAUUAGGACCUGAUCUUUGUAGAAGCCCUUACAUCCACUGCACAGCUGAAGGAUUCCUGGAGGAUUAUUGUUGAUGUGAUCUUCCAGGACAUUCUUUCUUUUCUGAAGAUGACCGGAAUCUUUCUGUCAGUUUUCUCUCUAAGAUCUUGAUUUCGUAAUUGUUUUCAGUAUUGUGCUUCAAAUGGAGUUUGGAGGACCACUUUUAGGGAGAUAUUCAGGUAUAGGUUGGAAUGGGAGGUCAGUGGCUGAAGGACAUGAACAUAUAUAUGGUAGUGUCAAGGUAUAAGGGCAAUGGUUUGGGAGAAGGAGACUGCGAGCUGCUCACUGAUCUCCUUAAGAUCAUCAUUAACCACAGACUCUGUGAUCUCAUUUGGGAUGUCAAAUAUAUAUACUAAGUCUAGUGCUACAACCUGGGAGGGAUCCAUAUCCAUUAAGGAAGGAGCACAGAUGUAAAUGAUUUAUUGUGAUUAUGAUAUACAAGUUUUGAGAUAGACUGCACUACCUUACAACUUGGGAUCCCUUCCUAUAGAAUAAUGGAAUGUUUUAGCAGGGAAGCUCUCCCCUUGCUUUGUAUUAAGGAAUUCCAAAGACUCUUUUCAGUAUCAGUAAUUCUAGUACUUCAGUGGUAAGAACUCCCAGAGUAAGCUCUAUAAAGUGUGAAGUUACUAGAAGCAGAGAGAAUUCACAUUAGUUUUAAGAAUCAUUUCUUAAGUGUAAGACAUUGUGUAAGGUGCAGAGGACACAGACAAAAAUAUAACAAGAUCUCCUUAAAAGAACUGACAUUUUACUAGAGAUCCAGAAUUUUAGUUCAUUUAGUUAGGAGCAAAGUCUUGUU